AUGUCAUCCAAAGUAACCGUUCCGAUCGCCCUGCGCGUUUUCCAAGCGUUCUUCGCCAUUGUCGUACUCGGCCUUGCCAUCGGCCUCAUAAGAGGCCACAUGGAAGGAGAUCUUCCUGCUACUCUCGUCUUCAUAGCCGCUGUGGGAGCUCUGUCCCUGUUGGCUGCAAUUAUCGGUGCUGCGGCAAGCUUUGUAGACUUCCUACAUGAUCAGGUCGGUGUGGUUGUCGAUAGCGUGGUAUUACUUCUAAACAUUGCUGGUGGCAUCCUCAUGGCCACCAAACUCAAGGGCGUCUCAUGCAAAUUGAAAGGGAUUGAUUUUAAACACUUUGUGCAUCUUAUCGAAAACAAGAUUAUUUGUGGAGGGAUUAAGAAGUCUCGGCAAUGUCCUUGGUCGUGCUACUAUUUCGACAAGCGGAAUUUCAAGACGAUCGAGCGUCGUUGUCGAGAAAGUGUAGCCGAUUCGACGUUCAUGUUCUUAACAGCCGUUAUGCUGAUCGCUGGAGGGACGUUGACCUACAUGCGGAUGAAGAAAGCACACUAGAGAAUUAUGAUGACAGACGUGUUUAAGAAGAUAUAGCCAAAUGAUGUCAGGCGCUAAUGGAACUUGCUAUUUCGUAUAGAUACGUGAAUAUCGAACGCUCUGUUAACUGGCGCUGUAUCAUUUUUCUUUUUGUGUCGCAGAGUUCUUCACAUGUGAGGAACAAGAGGAGCGCACGGCAUGUCGAUUUCAUCCAUGACUCACUAGACGCUCUCAAUCCACACCAUGACCUUGUCCUUAAUAAGACCCCUCAUAGCCACCGCCGGUAGCUCUUUUUCCAAAGCCCGAGUCGUCCAGCCCCGCCGAUUACUCCAUCCCAUGAAAAGUCGUCGUUCUCGCUUUAG